UCUCGAGAUUUUGGUUGCAUCAUGGCGGACAGAGUGAAGGAGUUUGCUGGCCGCAUGGGCAAUGCUCCUAAAGGAGUUUCACUAGGAUUUAAGCUGUUAGCUGGAGCAGCCGUUUUAGGAUAUAGUAUUAAAGAAUCUCUUUACACGGUUGAAGGUGGUCAACGAGCUAUCAUAUUUAGUCGAAUUGGUGGCAUCCAAAGUGAAAUAUAUUCCGAGGGACUCCAUUUCAGGAUACCUUGGUUUCAAUAUCCAAUAAUUUAUGACAUAAGGUCACGACCAAGAAGGAUUACAUCCCUCACUGGUAGCAAAGACCUCCAAAUGGUUAAUAUUGGUUUGAGAGUACUGGCAAGGCCUGUUUCAAGUAAUUUACCAAAGAUGUACCAGAAACUAGGAUUGGACUAUGAUGAGCGAGUUCUCCCUUCCAUCAUGAACGAAGUGUUAAAAAGUGUUGUUGCUCAAUUUAAUGCGUCACAAUUAAUUACGAUGAGACAAGAGGUCAGUCUUCUUAUUCGACAAGAGUUAACAGAGCGAGCAAAGGACUUCAAUAUAAUUUUGGAUGAUGUGUCCAUUACUGAUUUAAGUUUUGGUAAAGAGUAUGCUGCUGCAGUGGAAGCCAAACAAGUUGCUCAGCAGGAAGCGCAAAGGGCUGCAUUCUUGGUUGAAAGAGCAGCACAAGAAAGACAACAGAAAAUUGUUCAAGCUGAAGGAGAAGCCAAAGCUGCCAAACUUCUUGGUGAUGCCAUGCAAGAUAAUCCUGGUUAUUUGAAACUAAGAAAGAUUACCGCUGCUAGAAAAAUUGCAAACAUUGUUGCUAAUUCAAGAAACAAAGUUUAUCUUAAUGCCAACAAUCUUUUGCUGAACCUUCGAGAGACUGAAAAUGACGAGAAUUUGUUCAAGAUUCAUAGUUUGCUAAUGGCCAAGAAAUGAGUGAAUAUAAACAGUUAAUUUUAUAAAAAUAUUAAAGAUCUAAAAGCGUGUUGGACCAGAUGAUAAAGCAGACAAAAUAUAGGCGCACUUAUCCAAAAUAAUCUCUCUUUAUUGUAUGAAUUGCUAUGGUAAUGUUAUGGUACUAUUGUUUUCUUAUCAAUAAAUGUCUGAACACAUUGA